AUGUCGACCAUAUUCUCAUCCAUGACCCCGCAGCAGCAGAUGCAGAACCGCGCCCUCAGCAUUCUGCUCUCGCUGUGCUUCCCGCUCUACCGCCAGCUCGUGGUCUCCACGCUCGUCAACGACUCGGUCAUCCUCGCCAAGGAGUACUCGGCUGAGGACCGCAACCCGCUCGACAUCAGCCCCGAGGCUAGCAAGGCGCUCCGCGCCAUCAUGAAGUGGGACCGCGACAAGCCUGCCGGCACGAUGCGCACCCUCUUCCAGGCUAAGAACCUCAAGGGUCAGAUGAAGACGAUUAUGGCCGAGAUCACCAAGGUAGAGGAGAAGAAGGGUCAUAAGUACGACCCCAAGACCAAGUCGCUGGUUCUCCCUCAGAACUCGGUCAUCGACAUCCUCCUCGGUACGGACCAGAUCAACCGCUGGCGCGAGUGGCGCGACAUCAUCCUCGCCGCCUACGGUCUUCAGAUCGAGAACCAGGAGUCGCUCGUCACUGAAGGCCUUGACCGUCACUCGGUCAUGCAGCAGUUCUACACUCGCGUCGAUAAUGAGUGGCGCAAGAACCUCUCCAUUCGGCGUGGUCUCAAUCUCUUCAAGGGAUUCCCAGUUGGCCUGAUCGCCUUCCCCGCCAUGGUCAUCGUCGAUGUCGUCGAAAAGAUGUGCAAGGAAGGCUUGCUCAACGAGACCAAGAUCUUCCCCAUUGAUGGGCUCCUCAUCAAGCGCACCCACGCGCAGGUCCGUAGCGACAUCUACAACUACCUCCACGCCCACAUCAACCUGAAGAUGGCGGGUCUUAAGAUGCUCCCGAAGGAGGAGCAGGAGGGCGCCUCCAUCGAGCUCAUCUGCCAGAGUGUCACCUGGCACCUUGGCCUCGACUUCCGCACUUGGCGCCGCGGCAAGCUCCGCGCCGCCGAGGUCCUGUCCAGCGCCGCCUCUAAAACCAAGUCGAAGGGCUCCAAGUGA